AUGGGACAGAGCAGCUCGAAAUAUCAUGAAUCCUCAAGCGACCCAACCCCGGCACCAAAUAAUGCUGUCGCUGGCGCCAGUACCGAUCCUCAGCCAUCCUCUCUCAACGGAGUAGACGCUCAUACUUCCGAUUCCCCAGGUUCCCGUCGGUCAUCUGUCCGGAAAAGUAUCCUCAAAUUGGUGAAGCCAAGCAGCAUUCGCAACCGAUUUUCUAGCGAUCCCUCUUCUUCUACAGAUGCGAAACGCUCAUGGCGAAGGUCAAGACGAUGGUCGAGGGCUCCUCUAGCUGGCGCCACCCCUGAUCCUCCUGACGUUCUGUCUGCUACUGCUUCCGCCUCAUCGGCCAGCUCAACCACAGAAUCUUCCAAUCUUCCUCCUUUUCCUACCGAUAAAGGGAAACAACGGGAUAUAAGCUCAACUGUUGAAAAUGAUGACAUCUCGCUUGAACCGAACGUCGCCUCUGGUACUGAGCCGUCGCAGUCGUCUGUCCCUCCUUUACCAUCUCAAGCACAUCCCGCCCAUACAUCUGUUCUCGAAGAAUCUCCUGUCGUCUUGGUUAACUCUGAAAAUGUAUUCAAUGAUUCAUCAUCUAUAGUUGAUGCAGACCUUCCAUCCACUAUCGACAACUCAGAAAGGAACCAAGUGCCUCCCAUUGCAGCACAGUCACUUCCUUCUUCUCAUUCUACUCCAUCUUUAGAAAACCAUCAAACUACUCCUGAACCCCGUCAGUUCCCCCCUCCUGGAACGUUGGUUGUGGUUCAGGGAAUUGUUCAUACGACAGAUGUAUCGCGCGCCGGUAGUAGUCUCACGCCUGUAGCUAGCCCUCAGCCAGAACAUCCUGCUACUACUACUACUACAACGUCUCGCCCUCCUUCUACAAGCGAUCUCGCUGCUACUGAAACACGAGCACGCAAUAGGUUAUCCACUCUUCUCCGUCGUUCUGCGUCUCGUCCACCAUCUUCCGCGGGCCCAACAACCGCGUUAGAGGCAGAAUUUUCCCCAGCGCCUUCUUCUAAUUCACACUUGUCGCCUGACGAUGUUGCUCCAACGCGCUCAACGAGCCCGGUCCCAGGCGAAUCCAUUGAUGGGGCGGCGCAAGAAGAACCCUCCCGUCUAACCACACCUCCACCACCGCAAACAUCGACGACUGAAACUCGUGUGCCGGCCAUUUCUUCUAGUAGCAUUGAUGUAUUGGGCACAUUACUGAGUGUUGCUGCAGCGGCAACAGCCGCGUCUUUACUUACCGGAUCGUCUGAACCUAUUUUAUCAUCCGGACUUGCCACUCCCAACCCCCCACCUCCACUAUCAUCAGAGCCCUUGUUCACUUCGCCGUCUUCUGCUUCUUUGCCGACUUAUCAUCGACCGAAUACUCCUAUCCCCAACAAUGUGUUGCCAGACAUCUCAGCUGCGGGGAGGGCCGAACGCAUGCGACAAGCCUGGGGAACAAUCCGCGAAAGACUGGGCCUUCGUCCCUCUGCUUCUCCUAUGCCUGGUGGCGCAUUGAGGAAUCACCCAGAUGGGAACGGGAGCCCCUUCUCGACACGACCAAACGGAGAUUCAACGGCGUUUGGACCUGCAGACACAAGAGAAAUAAUGCUGGCUGAAAUGGCCAGAGCGUUCAAUAUUGGUUUAGGUCUCAAUGGCUUAGGGGGAUUGGCUCCCUCUAAUGCUACUCACAAUGACCAGGGUACCCGUGAGGCACUCGAUGAGCCCACUCUUUCAUCAGACGAAAGUGAUCCUACCACCGCGUCACCUGAGACGCACCCAAACGCUUCUCAAUCAACACCUGAACCGGGGGUGACUGGGGUAACUUUACCUCCAGAGGGCAGCUUUGAAAGAUUCCUUGUGGAUCUACAGAUCGAUCUACGAGCAGCAUUGUCACAGACGGAGGAAGACAAUACUUCUUCUACCCCAGAACAGCAAAAUUCACAGCAAGUACGACAAACAAAUGUUGCAUACACUUCAGCAACAGCAGACCAACCACCGGACGUUGAUGCGGUUAGCCCUGCACCACGUACUUCUCCUCCUGAAGUUCUUAACAUCCGAAAUCCCAACACCAAUGAACAGCUACCGGGUGCACUGAGGACUGCCGAUGAUUCUGAUGAUAUGCCUUCGCUACAAACAGUUUCCGAAUCUGAAUCUGAGUCUGAUGGCGCUGAUGCAGCUGUUGAACCCCAGUCGGUUGACGUUGAGACUCGUACUGACGAGCAUGUUCAACCUCCAUCUGGGACAAGCCGCAUCGAUGCCUUUGGUCGAAUUAACUGGUGGAGAUUGUAUAGGUUCCCUCCCAUACCCUCACGAGCAGACGCAACAGGUAUGCGACCACCGUUCUCCCCGGCGCCAACAAACAACCCCAUGUCUUCUGCGGCGUCGUCAGAAGCAACUCUCACGCCCGAUCGUUUUGCAGCUUCUUCGGGACAAGGCCAGGAAUCAAUCCCGUUGAAUCCACAAUCUAAUCCAAUGCCCUCUCCAAUACCUACAGCAGAAAUGAAUGGAGAGGUACCACGCCAAGCACAAACACCUGUACAUGCAGUUGUUCCCGUGAUCGUGGUCGGCCUGCAAUCAGUAAACCAAGAUUGGAGACCUGACCUUCCAACUCAACCUGAGGACGGUAUCGAUAUAUUCGGGCAACCUCCCUCGGAUGAUCUCCAUACACACAAUGUGCUACCGCACGAGCGUGCAGAUGAUGAUGACUUGGAUGGAUGGGGUGGUCAGCAACAAGAAUUUGCAGGUCUAGAGAAUGGCAGGGGACGAGGGAGGGCCCGUGGAUGGCAUUCGCGAGCCGCCAACGCUAUCCGCAAUUUGAGGCCUGGGAGAAGAACAGCAGAAGCUAAUGCUGGCAUGCCAACGCCAUUGAUUGCACCUGGAAGCCGUACCUUCCUGAUUUAUGUCAUUGGCGGAUACUAUCCGCCAGACCAUAGCAUUGUGACAGGUGGUCCGAAUAUAUUGGAUUCUUUCGAGGCAUUACUGGAACUGGCGGAUCUCUUAGGCCAAGUCAAACCACCUACAGUCUCUAAAGACGAUAUAGAAAAAUCUGGCUUAGAGAUCAUCAAGGCUUCUGAGCUCGUUCAACACGAGAAGGAUGGAAAGGUUUCAUCCAAUUGUUUAGAUAGGUGUCUUAUCUGCCUCGAUGAUUAUGAGCCAGAAGAUCCUAUCCGUGUCAUGUCAUGUCGCCACGCCUUCCAUAAAAACUGUGUGGAUGAAUGGCUCCAGAAGGGCCGAAACAACUGCCCUGCAUGUCGCUCGACGGGUGUUGCAACAGAUGCAGGUUCUACUAUGCCCAUGCCAGCCUCCUGA